AUUGUUUGGGGAUACCGACUGCGCUGGGGGAAAAAAGUGACAUUGCGGAGUGUUUUGUACGCUUGCGUGAAACGUCAGCGCGUGUCUGCGGCUGCAGGAGGAGGAUGACGAAGACGAAAGCAGCAGCAGGAGGAGGAGGAAGAGUGUUGGGAUGCUGAUGCGAGAGAGAGCUCGUACGUGACAACAUCGGCGGCCGAACCAUGGAACAUAUUCUCCCCAUUUAAUCCACCUUUUUUUUGUUUCAAAGGGACAAGGAGACAUUUUGUGGGGAAGGAUUUUUUUUUUUUUUCGGGAAGGCGGAGGGGGAGUGAGUCGAUUCAUCACGGUUGGCCUCAUUGACACAGGUGGAUUUCCGUUGCAAAAAAAAAAAAAGAAUACAAACCUAUAUAUCACCGACGACGUCAUCCGCGGAUCAGAUGACUUUAAAGCCGAAUUUAAUAUUUCUCUGAUGACUUAAAAGAGGGACCAUUUGGCCUGGUGGCGAGCUAAUAGGCUAAUUUCGGCUAGCUCGACAGCUAGCCGAUGACAAGCGGUGGGAUGCGGGAAAUGAGUUAGUUUUGUUUUUUCUCUCUCCCUCCAAUAUAUGUCAGGAUAAGCGCGUGGCAAUCCCUUAAGAGUGGUAAAAAAACGCCAAUGUGGCUGCCUUAAACCGUUUCGUUCCGCCCACACGUUAUCAUCAGUUUUUUGCUAAUUAGCUCGCGACGGUAUACGAUGUUUUUAAACCGGCUAAGCUAAUGUUGACAAAACAUUCGUAAUAACCCCGCUAAACUCGAGAUGCAGCUCGCGUUUUUGUUUUUGCGAGUACGUUGCCGGGGUGUUAUUCACGUCGUUUUGGCUCAAUUUCCCGACUGAAAGGUUCGACGAUGUUCGGAUUGAGACGGCGAGUUUUGGAGAAAUCCGUGAGUGGACCUGACGUGCCUGAAAGGCACCAAGUGAGUCAACUCAGAUUAAAGAUUUGAAGAAUUAAAUACAGUUUAGGUAAAAAUGACAUUGGCAUCAUCGAAUACGUUUGUUAGAUGUGGCUGCCGGCCCGUCAAGUUGAAAAAACGAAACUUGGAAAAAUGUGUAAAACUUUCCGUCACUCAAUUUUUCCACACGGAAGAAUGACGCAUCAUUGUAAUCGUAUAACUUCAUUUAAAGUAUGGCAUUUAAAUUCGGUUUCGCGAUAAGGCACCAGUUGCCAAAAUAAAUGGAACCCACGGUGGUGUCCAGCCCUGUGGGGCAUGCGCAGUGGGAAUCGGAGCAAACGUUUCCUCUUGGGUUUCUCACCCUGGAUUCAAACAAUGGAGGUGUGCUGUGUCAAAACAACAAUGGUCAGACAGGUUUGCGUUUUGGUGACCCCAGUCUGACAUCCCAACGAAGUGAAAUGGACAAAGGCUACCAGGACGCUCCGGUAGAGUUGGAUAAACUUUUGUACAUUUCUGAUUAUCCCUGUGGAGAUUUGUUUUUCGAUGAGCGCCUCUCCUCUGCUCCCGAGACAUCACCUCACUUGGAAAGAAAUAAGGAACCUGAUGAAACCAGUGACUUUAUGCUCUCGUGGCUGUUUUCUCCCAAUCUCACUGAUGUGGUAGGGAAAAACUUUGCGUUUGACGAGACCUCACUUGGCGGCAACAAUGCCCUCAAUGGACAGACGGAGCAAAUAACCAGCAGUCAUGCUACAAUACUGUCUUCCCAACACGUGUUGAAUUCUGAAUCCAAUCCAGCAGAUUCACUCAUUUCCGUUGAUCUCCUCUCAGAUGAUCAGGCUUGUGUCUCCUCAGAGCCGUCGGGCGUGUCACUUGGCGUCAGUGCAGGAUUGGUAGACCUGGCACAGGAAGAGCUGAGCAGGGCGACUUUGUCACAUGAAACUGGAGACAAAGGUUUAUUUCCAGAUCAAGUGACUACUCUGGCAGUAAACAGUAGCUUGACUCCGCUAGAGCUACCUGAGGGGAGCCUGCCUCUUAACCUUAGCAGCACACCACUGGUGUGUACUCAAGGAUCUCUAGUGGAUUUAGAAGGUCCACAUCUUAACAGCAGCCUGACUAUUCAUCCUGAUCAUCCAACUGGCGCACAGUUAGAACCAACCACGGAUUCGGAGGUGGAACAUGCCUCCACUACGGUAUUCAGGACUUUAGCGCUCCAAGAUGAGAGUGACUCAUUGCCUGUGAUUUUGUCGCCGACAAAUCCUCCGGCCGACGAUGCCUCCGUCCGUGGUGAGCUCAGCUGUGGGAGCGUCUCUCUGGAAAGUACGUCUAAGGAUUUGAUGGAAAGCAAAAUAUGCUCCGUGGCCGACCAUCAAGCCGGCGUGUCAUUGGCUUUGGAUUUGUCCUCGGCCACUGAUGACGAAACAUGGAACUUGAAGCCACAGGAUGAAACCACUCCUGAUGCCACGACGGAACAGAGGGAAGAGGAACAGUCGCCGUCUGUUAACCAUCGCCAGGAUUUUAAUGUUCUGGAGUCGAGCAGUUGUACCGAGGAGAUUAAAUGGACGAGUGAGCAAAGCGCGGAAACUGUUUCCAUCUCUAAGAUGGUGGGAGAUGACUCACUGCCAGCAGUUUCAGUUGCGUACACAAGAGAGGACGAUGCCUCUCCUCUGAAAACCGUAUUUGAUGCUUUAGACCAGGACGGAGAUGGCUUUGUUCGCAUUGAGGAGUUUAUGGAGUUUGCUGCUGCCUACGGGGCUGAUCAGGUUAAAGAUCUGACCAAGUUUUUGGAUCCCAGUGGCUUGGGAGUCAUCAGCUUUGAAGAUUUCCACCGAGGAAUUUCUGCUAUCAGCAAUGGAGGUCCGGAGCCACAGCUGUACGGCGCAAACUACAGUCCGGGCGACGGAGCAGUGGGUUGCCCGGAGGAAUACGACGAGCAAAAUGAGGUGACAGACAGCGCCUACCUGGGUUCGGAGAGCACGUACAGCGAAUGCGAGACCUUCACCGAUGAGGACACCGGCGCCCUCGUGCCCCCUGAGAUGCACGAGGAUGUCGACACGGACAGCGGUAUCGAGGCGGCACUUCACGACCCCGAAGAGGCCAUCAAUAGAUUCUCCCUCAACUCUGAGUUGCACAACCCUUCCUUGAUGACAGUCAUCGGCGGCGAGGAGGAGCAUUUUGAAGAUUUCGGGGAGAGCAACACCUCGGAGCUUCUGCUGGAGAGCGCCGAGGAGGUCACUGACGGCGUGGUUGAUUCCCCUCUGGCGAAGACCCCUCAGCAGAUCGACGUCUCCUCGCUGCUAUCUCCCAGCGCACCCGUUCCUCUCCCCGACUACUUUCAGAGCUUCCUCAAGGAGGAGGCGCUGGACUUUUUCUGUAGCCAAUGUCACAAACAAAUAAGUCGCUUGGAGGACCUCUCCACUCGCCUCAAUUUCCUAGAGAUGACAAGUGCUGGCAAAAGGCUGUCGAGCAAGAAGGUGGCAAGACAUCUUCUGCAGAACAGCUCAAUAACGCUGGACACGGUGAGCGACCUGACACGUGACAUCCUGGAGCUGGCUGACAAUGACAUCACAGACAAGAUGCUCCUGCUCGAGCGUCGCGUGGCGGAACUGGAGAAGGAGUCGGAGACUUCGGGGGAGCAACACCAGCGCUUGCGACAGGAGAACCUCCAGCUGGUGCACCGUGCCAACGCCCUCGAGGAGCAGCUGAAGGAGCAGGAGCUGCUCGCAGACGAGGAGCUGCAGCACGAGAUCCGCCGCCACAAGGAGGCUCUGAGCAAGUUGGAGAGGGAGAGAGGGCUGGAGUUGGAGAAUCUGCAGUCCAGAUUGCAGCAGCUGCAGGAGGAGAACAGCGAGCUCAGGUCCUGUGUUCCUUGUCUGCGAGCAAACAUUGAGAGAUUAGAGGAGGAGAAGCUGAAGCUCGAGGAUGAGGUGGACGUGGUGUCCGACAAGUGGCAGGAUGAGAUGGAGACCCGGCAGAAGAUGGCCGACAAGCUAAGCCAUGAGCAGCAUCUAAAUCAGAAGGAGAAGGAGAGCACUCAGGAGCUCAUUGAGGACUUGCGAAAGCAGCUGGAGCACCUGCAAUUGUACAAGCUGGAGGCGGAAGCAAAGCGGGGCCGCUCACCCAGCGCUGGACUGCAGGAGUAUCAGACCCGUACGCGAGAAGCGGAACUGGAUCAAGAGAUCAAACGACUCAAACAGGACAACCGCAGCCUCAAGGAGCAGAACGACGAGUUGAACGGCCAGAUCAUCAACCUGAGCAUCCAGGGAGCCAAGAGCCUGAUGUCUGCCUCCUUUUCCGACUCCCUGGCAGCCGAGAUCAACUCUGUGUCCCGCUCUGAGUUGAUGGAGGCCGUCCACAAACAGGAGGAGAUCAACUACAGACUCCAGGACUACAUCGAUAAAAUAAUUGUUGCCAUCAUGGAGUCCAAUCCCUCCAUUCUUGAGGUCAAAUAGGCACCAUCUGAAUGAAGGGCGGGGGACAAAAGCCACACAGUGACCUCAUCAUCUACAAUAACAACAAGUAAUCAGACAGAAUCAUACAAAGUUAUUAGAUUUGUGAGUGUGUGUGCGCGCGCUCCUCAGGUUCUGGUGACUUCCAAGUGUUUUUUUGGCCAGAGGAACCCGACCGAGCACGGGCGGGUGAACCCCGCGAGCGUGUGAAACUUAAUAAUCAUCCCGCAAGACCCUUCAUCCUGAAAGCUUUUACUUCAAAAGAAGGACUCGGCAAAUAUAUACCUUGAAGGCCUUAAUCUCAGAGGCGAGCAAAAAAUGUAUCCUGCGUACCGACCGCACUCGCCUCAGUUGCAACUGGAAUUGCCGGGAUUUGGACCGCCAUCUCCUGAACCAAGCUGCUGACUCACGGUAUGAAGCACUGGUCAGCUCGUUUUGGACUUUUUUUUGUUUUUGUUUUUUUAACCCAAGUGGAGGAUAUUUUCUUGUGGAUGGAGAUAGAGAGAAAUGCCAAGCUGGUUUUUGUAUUUUUUUUUUGGUGUGGGAUAUGAUUUUAUUUUUUUUUUCUGAAUGAAGGACCUGGGUGACUUAUGAAUUGCAUCUUUUUUUUUUUUUUUCUUCAAUGAAACAGGGUCCUGGAGCUCAGGUGGGCUGGAAAGUGAGAACGAGCGUCAUUGUUAUCAUCAAUGUUAAAAAGAAAGAGAUAUAUAGAUCAUAUAAGAUGUAUAAGAGCAAAACAAAAGUGGCUAUGCAGAUUCAUUAUGGACAUUCUGCCAUCUAUUGGAAGGACAGAUGAAAUAAAAAUGUGUUAGCUUUGGUAAAUAUAUAUGAACUUUCUGAUCAAUUGAGAGAAAUUGGAUACAUUUUAGUGACAUGGAGUGGAACCGUUCCCACCUGGUUCCAGUGUUCUCUUGCGGAGUGAAAGUGUUUUUUGUUUUUGUUGUUGUUGUGAAUUAUUGUCAAUGAAACUGUUGAGACUGAAAAGAUGUUUAUCCGGUUAUACGCGACGGGUAUGGAAAGCCGUGGGAGCAUUUCGCAAUAUCUUUGAUGUCAAAGGUUACAUGUAUUAGUACGCUCCUUUUUCCUCAAUUCAGUGCACUAGUAAAAAAAAAAAAAAAAAUUUUGGACAUAAGAGUACAGUGUUGAACUCAGCUGCUCUAGUAGCUGCUGCUAGGCCUGGCUAGUCGACAUUUCAUCCACUAUUAGCCUACUUAUCAAGACCUGCUAGUGUGCUGAAUUAUAACUAAAACCUAGUGCACUGCCUAAAAAUGCUCAAACCAUUUUCUUGCAAGCUGUUAGUGCAUUUAGCCAAGAUCCAUGUACUAGUACAUUUUUUUGUCCUCACUAGCAAGUGUACUAGGAGGUCAACUACUGUACAUGUUACUAGUGAGGCAUAACUGUACAUUUGGCAACCGUGCACAAUACAUGCCUUCUAUUUGGGCCUAAAAGGGUUACUAGUGCACCACAAUAUUUGACUUGUAAGGGAAUAAAGCACAAUAGUACAUGGAGAUUAAGAUUAAUAGCAAUUAUAUGUUAAAAACACUUUACAGAAAGCUCUUUGAGGGAUUGUUUGAAAUCCUUGAUGAUAAUGCGUGACUAUGCCUACUAGUUCACCCUUGUAGUGUUACUAGUGCAGCACAGUAGAUCACAAAUUAGGACAAAGAGCGUAAUCGUACAUGAACCGAGAAUAAAGAUAAUGAAUGAAUGAAUGCUCAAACAGCUUUUAUACCUGAGUCUAAUGGUUGCACUUUGCACAUUUUCUUUUUUUUUUUAAAUGACAUUGUAUUUUGUUUUUGUUUUCACUGAACGGAUCAAAACGGCAAAAUGACAAGUUUGCGGGGAUCGAAAGCACGCUCAGGUGCGGGCUCAUGCAAUGACCAACCGCCGAGGCCGUGGGAACCACCACAUUUCAUCGAAAAUACUUCGGCUAAGGACACGUUUUUCGCAGUCGCGUCUCUCGGGUUACGGCGGCGGGUGGACUCAGUGGACCUAGUCGGGAUGAGACCUUCAAGCGUAAUCCUUUUUUUUUUUUUUUUUUUUUUUUUUUUAAAUCUGUAUGAUGUACCCACGGUGCACACCAAUGCUGCGCUCAUCUGGAUUUUGGAGGACAAAUGAACAAUGGCUCUAAGUAUGAGAUCUUGGUGGGGCGGGAAAAAAAAAAAAGAAAAUAACUGUCCAGCUUUGCUUUCCGCACAAAAUACUUGUCACGUUCACUUCUUUGUCACUCCCAGCUCUUCACCUGUCCACUCCUCGGAAUCACGGCCUUGGAUGUAAAUGACUUGUAAAGUUUUUUUCUACGCUCACUCUAGAUUGUAGGUAUUUUUUUAGUCCGAGGGGAGCAACAACAACAAAACAUUUAAUUUUCCUCAUCUGUUAAAGUGAGGAGCGCAUGUAGCGUGUACAGUUUUCCCCUCAAUUAUUCGGAAUCACAGAUAUUUAUUCAAUAAGUAACAAAGACAACACUCGUUAUCGUCGACAAAAACUGUUUCAUCUUUGUUUUGAGGUGAUGUUAUUUUACGGCGACUAAGAGAAACGUGCACAUCAUCUCAGCUCACGUGUAAUAAUUUGGCGCGAGAGUUCAUCAAUCGAGGUAUGCUUCUGUAUAUUAUCGUGACCCCGCGGAGGUCGCUCUUAUAGAUCUACAGCUUCUAGAGUCGUCUUCCCGUUUUUGGAGUCAGGUACUGCAUGGAAACACUGAUUUUCAUUGUAUACAUUUCUUUUUUCUUAUUCAAGCUACUGACGGAAUCCGGAAACUUUCUACUCUCAUUUUUUUCGUGUGAUUACGGAGCUUUCCCCUCACUUGAUUCUUUACAGCAGUGUUUCUCAAACUGUUUACAUCUGUCCUUUUUUUUUUUUUUUUUUUAAAUGCAAGUAGAUUGUGUUUCAUAAAAUUAAAUAAGAUUAAAUGCAAAAUGGUUGUACUCAAAAUGUUAAGUAGAACUGAAGUGUAAUCAGUGAUUAUUUUCCGUAUCAUGGGGGGGGGGGGGGGGGGGGCAUACCACUUGGGUACCAGUACCACACUUUGAGAAUCACUGCUUUAACUGUUACACGGAAUGAUACAAACAGGCUAAAUUAUAAUAAGUCUCUAAAUAUUGAGCGUGAGUGAUGGUUGGAGCACUAAUACAAUAAGUCGGACAGUAACAUGCAACAUUCCCCUCUUUUUUUCAUUCAUGUUUUUGCAGAGAUGAUUGCACUUUAACCACCUUUAAUUGUUUUUGACCAAAUAUGGGUUGUAAUAACCGAAGUUCAUCUGAUUAAAAAAACAAAAAUCACUCUGCUAGUCUAAAACACUGUGCCCGUGUUUCAAACUUUGCCUCCAAACAAACCCGAUAAGAAAAGCACUGACCACACCACGGCAACAUUUUUAAAUUAUCAACGGUGUAAAUAUGAAUCGUCAGGUUUUUUUUUUUUUUUUUUUUUGUGGAUUUUACUCCCGCGCUCACUUCCGAUGUCCAAAGAAAAUUCCAGGCACGACCGUCACUACGAGCGUAGUGCGUGAUUUGCCAUUUAUUGUAUGACACGGGAAGGUGAAAUAUUGUAGAAAGGAGAAAUUGUAAAACAUAUUUUGAGAAAUAAAUGUGUAAAUGAUAACUACUGGUUAAAAUGAUUUUAUUUUUAUUUUGGGGGGAAUAUCCCUAUAAAUCAAAUUACUAUUGGGGUAACUAUGAGUUCAGUCAUUGUAAAAAAGAGGAAAUUAUAAAAGUGAACAGUGGGCAUACGAGUAGGAAAAUAAAAGGAAUACAAUAA